AAAAAGAAAAAGACAACUAUCAAAUAUUAUUCUAAUAUAUGCACUUCAUCUCUUCAUCAAUUCCAUUGUAAAGAAACAUACAGAGAAGUAAUAUACGGUGAAAACAGCAACCAUUCAUUUUUAUUGCUUUUCUUUACUAGAGAGAACUACAGGGAGGAUGUGUGGAGAAGGGAAGGUGGUGUGUGUAACAGGAGGGUCAGGCUACAUAGCUUCAUGGCUGAUUAAGAGAUUACUCCAAAGGGGUUAUAUCGUUAAAGCCACUGUUCGUGACACAGGUGAUCCAAAGAAAACAGAUCACUUACUUGCACUUGAUGGAGCUAAGGAAAGGCUUCAUUUGUUCAAAGCAAAUUUACUGGAAGAAGGGUCUUUUGAUGCUGCAGUUGAUGGAUGCGAAGGAGUUUUCCAUACUGCAUCCCCUGUACUAUUUGCAGUCACUGAUCCACAGGCAGAACUAAUUGAUCCAGCAGUGAAAGGAACACUUAAUGUUCUUAAAUCAUGCACAAAAGUUCAAUCUAUCAAGAGAGUGAUUAUAACAUCUUCUAUGGUGACAAUUCCUUAUAACGGAAAACCUUUGAGUCUUGAUGUGGUGGCUGAUGAGACUUGGUUUUCAGACCCAACACUUUGCAAGGAAAUGAAGUUAUGGUAUGUGCUUUCAAAAACCUUAGCAGAAGAGGCUGCUUGGAAAUUUGCAAAAGAAAAUUCAAUUGACUUGGUUACAUUAAGUCCAGGAAUUGUGAUUGGUCCUCUGUUGCAGCCAACUCUUAAUGAGACUGUGGAGAUGAUUCUUAAACUUGUAAAUGGAGCACAAACAUACCCUGAUGCACAUUAUAGAUCAGUUGAUGUUCGGGAUGUUGCCGAUGCAAAUAUUCGUGCCUUUGAGAUUCCUUCAGCUAAUGGAAGAUAUUGUCUAGUAACAAAUGCUCUCCACUUUUCUGAAGUUUUAAAGAUUGUUCAUCAACAUUACCCUACUUUGAACCUUCCUAAAAAAUGUGUUACCAAUGACCUCAACAACUUGUCCAUGUCAACGUACAUGGUAUCAAUGGAGAAGGCAAAAACAUUGGGAAUCAGCUUCAUUCCUUUGGAAGUGACUCUUAGAGACACUAUUGAAAGCUUGAAGGAGAAGGGCUUCCUCAGCAUCUGAUUUAGACUGUAUCUGCUACUGAAAUAAUGCAAAAACAAGUGGGUAAAAUGAAAGAGAAAAUAUGAAAUUCUCCAUAUAUGACAGCAGAAACACAGAUUUUCCAAAUUUGGUAGAAAUAAAAGAUGAACUUCUGUUUAUUA